AUGAUCUUCAACCUCUUCAAGGCAAUGCCCCCUAGGGCCACCGCUUUCGCUGCCAUGAAGCGUCCUGCUCAGGUCCGCUUCAUGGCCACUGUGCGUCAGCGUGCGGCUAUGGAGCCUGCCACCUUCACCAUUCGUGAUGGCCCUAUCUUCAGCGGAAAGUCUUUCGGUGCUCGCUCCAAUAUCUCCGGCGAGGCUGUCUUCACCACCUCGCUGGUCGGAUAUCCCGAGUCCUUGACCGACCCUUCCUACCGUGGUCAGAUCCUGGUUUUCACCCAGCCUCUGAUCGGUAACUACGGUGUCCCCUCCGCUGAGAAGGACCCCAAUGGUCUGUUGAAGUACUUUGAGUCCCCCAACCUCCAGGCUGCUGGUGUUGUUGUUGCCGAUGUGGCCGAGCAGUACAGCCACUGGACUGCUGUCGAGUCUCUGGGAGAGUGGUGUGCCCGUGAGGGUGUUCCCGCCAUCUCCGGUGUCGAUACCCGUGCCAUUGUCACCUACCUACGUGAGCAGGGUUCUUCCCUGGCCCGUAUCACCGUUGGCGAGGAGUACGAUGCCAACGAGGACGAGGCCUUCACCGACCCCGAGCAAAUUCACUUGGUCCGCCAGGUCAGCACCAAGCAGCCCUUCCACAUCAGCGCUGCCGACCCCCAGUCCCACGUCGCCGUGCUGGACUGUGGUGUCAAGGAGAACAUUCUGCGCAGCCUCGUCAACCGUGGCUCCAGUGUCACUGUCUUCCCCUUCGACUACCCCAUCCACAAGGUCGCCCACCACUUCGAUGGUGUCUUCAUCUCCAACGGUCCCGGUGACCCCACCCACUGUCAGGAUACAGUCUACCACCUCCAGCGUCUGAUGGAAACUUCUCAGAUCCCCAUCUUCGGUAUCUGUCUUGGUCACCAGCUCCUCGCUCUGGCCGCUGGCGCCAGCACCAUCAAGCUCAAGUACGGAAACCGUGCUCACAACAUUCCUGCUCUGGACCUCAGCACUGGUCGCUGCCACAUCACCUCCCAGAACCACGGUUACGCCGUUGACGCUUCCACCCUGCCUUCCGACUGGAAGCCCUACUUCGUCAACCUGAACGACCAGAGCAACGAGGGCAUGAUCCACAAGUCCCGCCCCAUCUUCAGCACCCAAUUCCACCCCGAGGCUAAGGGCGGUCCCCUCGACUCCUCUUACCUUUUCGACAUCUACCUCGACAGCGUUCUGAAGUACAAGAACAGCCAGGCUGGUCUUUACCCCCAGCGUGACAGCCGUCCCAGUCCCCUGCUGGUUGACCUGCUCCCCAACGAGCGUGUUGGCGUCCAGCCCACCAUCGGCCAGCAGAACAUUGCUGCUGCCGCCGCCGCCGCUGCCGGUGCUGUCUAA